AUGGCUGCUGACGCAGGUGCCAUUGACACUGAAAUUGUGUAUCUGGCCCGUGACGAAAAGUACGCGACUGAAAAACCGUUUACAAUGGCAUUCUCAGUCGACGACGUCCCAGAAGCGGCGGUUGAUAAUCACAUCUGGGAGGCGCAUCCAGUGCAGAUCGGAAAUGCCCGCGAUGGAAUUAACCCAGAGCUAGAUACUCAUGGGUUUCAGUUUGUCCCUUGGGAAACAGCACUUGAGCGCGCCGAUUUUGAGUUCGACGAGAUCAUUAUCACGCGUUAUUAUGCUGAACUUGCGAAACUUGUGAAGGCGCACUUUCCUCGAUAUAAGAAAGUGGCAUUCUUUAACUAUGCUAUUCGUCGACGAGAUGCCCGAUAUCCAGCAGCGAAAGGGGCCGAGACAGAAGCCGCCCAGCCUUUUCGCUUCGCUCACGUUGACUACACCGAAACCGGUGCAAAGCUGAAAUUACAAGAGUCUCUAGGUACUGGCGCUGAAGAACGGCUAAAAAACAAAUGCGAUGUUCUAAACAUCUGGAGGCUCCUCAACGACUCCCCGACCAAAGACUGGCCCUUGGCGCUUUGCGAUUACCGCAGCAUUGAUGCAGAUAGGGACUUGAUUGCAAAUGACAUUGUCUACCAGACAGGGUUGGGUGAGGAUUGCUUUUUGCACUACAACCGAGAGCACAGGUGGUGGUAUCUUGCAGAUCAAAGCCCCAAAGAAACCAUCAUCUUUCGAAACGUAUGCAUUGCAGACUCGGCAAUGGCACGCGGGUUUCACUGUGCUUUCGCGAACCCGGCACCUGAUGGGCAAGAUGUUUUGCGUGAAAGCAUCGAAGUUCGGCUAGCGGCGUUUUAUUGA